AUGUCCGGCGAGAUCAGGCGGAAGCUCGUUAUCGUCGGUGACGGUGCUUGCGGCAAGACGUGUCUUCUGAUCGUCUUCUCCAAGGGCAUGUUCCCUGAGGUCUAUGUUCCCACCGUCUUCGAGAACUACGUUGCCGACGUCGAGGUUGACGGCAAGAAGGUUGAGCUGGCCCUUUGGGAUACCGCUGGCCAGGAGGACUACGACCGUCUCCGUCCCCUCUCGUACCCCGACUCUCACGUCAUCCUGAUCUGCUUCGCGAUUGACUCGCCCGACUCGCUGGACAACUGGAUCUCGGAGGUGCUUCAUUUCUGCAACGGCCUCCCCAUCAUCCUCGUUGCUUGCAAGAAGGACCUUCGCGACGACCAGAAGACCAUCAGCGACCUUGCCCGCAUGAACCAGCGCCCCGUCUCGCGCCAGGAGGGUCUUGCUGUUGCCCAGAAGAUCGGUGCCCAGGGCUACGUCGAGUGCUCGGCCAAGUCUGGCGACGGUGUCCGUGAGGUCUUCCAGACCGCUACCCGCGCUGCUCUGACUUCCAAGAAGUCCAAGACGAAGAGCGGCAGCAAACCCAAGUGCGUCGUGCUCUAG